UAAGAAGCAGCAUUGCUAAGAAGGGGAAGGUCUACACCUGCUCAGGUGUUAUGUGCUCAAACGAGUGAAGUCACAUUCCUUCUGCUGAACACGGAAACCUGGUGUCCCAUCCGGGUAAAAGCCUCGGAUUUCUUGGGAAAACAUGACCUUUCCGGACUGAGAUGUGGACUGAGCGCAUUUUGGUUGGCGUUUUCCUUCUGCGCUGCGCAGUCUCCUCCUCUCUUCCCAAACCAAUUAAUGUCAGCUUCACUUCCGUGAACCUGAGGAAUGUGCUGCACUGGGUCCCAGGAAAUGGCACACCAGAUGGCACACACUUUACAGUGGAAUAUGCCAUCUAUGGAGAAAUCACGGAGGUCAGCAAAGGAAAAGGGGGGCGCUGGAGAGCGGCGCAUCAGUGCACGAAUAUAGUACGAACAUGGUGCGAUCUGAGCGUUGAGACGUGGGCUGAGGAAGAAGGAUACUAUGCCAGAGUUUGUGCAUUGGGUAAAAAAUCAACUUCAAAAUGGACUGUGACAAAAAGAAGAUUUGAUCCAAAGUGGGACACUAUUUUUGGCCCUCCGUUGGUUUCUGUGGAAUUAGAGAAUAACAGCGCAAUCGUCACUCUAAAGGGGCCGAUGAGGUAUUCACCAAACAACCACACCCCACCGUUAAGCAUGAAAGCAAUCUACUCUCGCAUGUCUUACAACCUAUCCAUCUACAACAUCUACCGCAACCAGAUGUACCAUUUUCCUGUGGAGACCAACACAUACAAAUAUCAGCUGUUGGACUACAAUACAGAAUACUGCUUCUUUGCCAAGUCAAGAUUCCUCUCCAUACCUGUACAUUGCAAGUCCUCUGCUUGGCACUGCAUAAUCACACCUCAAGACCCUGUCAUUAAGCAGUUGCAGCGAGUGGUUGUGGGGAUUGUUGUUCCAUUUCUUUGCAUCUGCAUAAUUGUGUUGAUCAGCUACCCUCUCUACAACUACCUGGCUGGGAAGGGACAGAAAAGCCCAUUUACACUGAAUCGAGUCUCCUUUCACCCAAAUCCUCUUGUGCUCUUUCCUGAUAAUGUCAACCUGGAGAUAACCAGAAUCAUUGCUGACAAGCCACCUCCAGCCAUUGACAUCCCAUCGAUCAUUGCCUACCCUCAAAACAGAUACUCCCCACAAGUGACUGACGUACCCCGAGAGCCCGAGGAACCCAUGAAGGAUUUGUCAAUUGACUAUGGCUCUGUCUUCAUGGCUCCUAAAGUAAAAAUUCAUGGAGAGGCGGACACAAGACAAAGGAAGCACAAAAGAGGAUAUGCUGUGAAUAAUUUGACAGAUGAACAUCAGAAAUGUGCAGAAAGUUACAAGAAGAAAGAUGUUAACAUUAAAGAUGAUCACGCUGCUGGUGGGUACAAGCCUCAGACCCAAAGAUUUGGGCAAUCACCUAUAGUGGAACCUGCUGAGACAAAGGUUAGCACUUUAUUGAAGACUCGUCCAAGGUCACAGGGAAACCUUGCUCUCCUAACACAAACUCGGGCACCAAUCCAAUCUAAUGAAACAUCAGUUAGUGAUAAGCAAACUACAGGGUGCAGUAUGGAGCCGUCAAAUUUAUUUUUUAACAAAACCCCACAAACUGACACAUUCAAUUACCAUCUAAACCUACCUUCUUUGAAAGAGGGACUAAAGAAGGAAGAGUUAGAAGCCGGCGAGCAGAAACAAAAUCAGUGUGAGAAUGUUCCUCUUCUUUCAGUUUAUGCCUCGCAGAACAUCCCAACCAUGCCCACUGUCCACUCACAACAGUCAGACUGCUUAUCAGAUGACUACGGUUUUCUGUUUUCAGCUGCAGCACAGAAAACAGAGGCAUUGGUUGAGAUGGAGAAGGGAGCUAGGUGUAGCAACAGGAACCCUGACAUCAUGAAACUAGUGCUGCCCUGGAUGGAGAUGAACAAUAACAAGGAAGAAAGGCUGGGUGGCAUGCCAUCUUCAGAGAGGGACACAGAGGGCAAGAUAGCAGGAAACUGCAAGGAGAUGUAUAUGACGAGGAGUCAUCUGAAGUUGGAAAGUGUGUUAAUCAGACAAGCAAGUGACGAAGAGGCAAGGCCACAAGUAGAGGGAGAAUUAGGGUUGGAAGCAGAUGAUAUCCUUAGCAAAUGGGACUUGGUCAUCUCAAUGGAUGCUUAGAAGGAGUCAAAGUAAAAGAAUAUCAUUUUUAUUGUUAUACUUAAAUACAAGCAGUAUGUGAUAAUAUUAUAGUUAUACAAUCCUGGGCCACACUUGGGCAAGGAUUUCAGGGUCAGUAGCCCAAGGCCAAUGAGUUUUUGGGUCCCCUAAAUAUAUGUAUCUCUUUUUCAUUACUUUUCUCAAACAUGGUAUGUUCCCAGAGAAACUCAAGCUCAAAUUAUGAAGAGGUGCUGACAUUUAUUGGAUAUUUGUGUUAAUAAAAGGUCCUGCUAAAUUUACUUUUUCACAAUUCCGUAUCCUUGUACUUUUGGUUCUUUUGUGCCUAAAUUUCACAAAAAGUCAAUUGGCCAAAAGGGGUUUUAGAAAUCAAAAUAAAUGACAAUAGGGUAUAACACAAAGUAUUCAUAAGAUAAUCUACAAUUAAAUUAAGUUAUACGUGAUUUUCGAGUAUUUUUUUCGCUAUCUCCAUAAUUUUUAAAUGACUAACUACAAAGAAAAAUAAAACUGAUGCGAUGGUAAAGUACAUGGGGACGAAAUUGUUUAUUUCCAGAUGUGAAAUGGAAGUAUGAAGGUUUGAAAUGGCAAAUGGGUAAAUUGACCUGAAGCAGCAGAUAACCAUCAUGCAAAUCAUGUAAAAACCAUGAGGCCAGAGCAUCACCUCUACCCUGACCUUGGACCCCAAGCUUGUCAGACAUAGCAACAGCAAGCUUUAAGUGCAUGCUCCAAGACUUUUUCUUUGUUUGUGGUAUAUUUAAGCGACUGUGUUACAAAAUCACAUAAAGUCCAGGCACAUUUACUUUGUUUUGGGUGUUUGUUUCUAUUUAUAGAAAUGAUGCCAUAUGUAUGAGUGAGUUUUUUUUUAGAAAGUAUAAAUGCAAAGACGGAUUUAAAAAUACUAUACUUGCCGUGCAUACAAAAUAAACUAUAUAAGUGGGAGACCAAAAUAGGCUCUUUAAUUGCUGCCGCUUUGUUCUUCUUAACAUUACAUGAAUAACAAGCAAUCGCAAACAACACAUGGAUUUCUGAGGAAAUAUCUUUCAAUCAGCUCUAAACUACAUUUUACUUUAGCAUUAUUUUUCGAAGGAACAUUAACAGUGCCAUAACUUUAUGUUUGUAUGGUAUUCAAAGGUUUGGCAUGUAAAUAUAAAACCUAGGCUGCGUUAGAGCUUAACAAACAUGCCAAACUGACUUUACCAUUUUACAUGAAAUCAGAAUCAGCUUCACAAACAAGGAAUUUGACUUCGGUUCCACUUUCCUCUCAAUUAAUUUUAAGAUAUAAAUAUAUAUAAAAAAGGGGGAAUUUUUUUUCUUGUAUAUGUAUAUAUACAGUGUCAAAUUUGUUGUGCAUUUUCGUGUACAGCAAAAUCGUUUUUACAGUACAUGGUAAUUUACCAGCUCUACCAGCUCAUUAUAUAUGACUGCAUAUCUCUGUAUGUAGUUUAUAGGUUUCAGUAGCAGAAAUACUUGUACAUCGUUUUGGUUUAGUUGCAGAGUUUAUUCACUUGAUUCCAGUUAAAGCACUUAAAACAUAGAUAUUAGUGGAACAUUUUUAAAAUUUAUUUCUAAUGCAUUUAUAUUAGCAUUAAAUAAUUGUUUAUGUUCAGAGGAAAACAGGAGUUACUCUGAGUGUUCACUGUUCCUAGAUGAAUAUAUUGCGCUUUAUUACUAAACAUAACUGUGUCAACUGUUUUUCCCCCCAUUGUUUCAUUUUUGACUUUCUUUCCUAACAAAGCAAACAGGUUCCUGUUAUCAGUAUUGACCCUGCUGCCAUGUCUUGAUUUUCUGGUUUAGUCCAAAUCGUGUUUGGUUGUUUUGAAAUAGGGUAUGGUGUGAAGAUGUUUUACUCUCUCACUACAAGUUCUUCUUUACUUGCUACUCAUACUUCCUCAUUCCAUAACCUUAAGCAGGCUUAACUAGUAGUAUAAUUAGAUACAGUACGGCAAAUACCUGUUAAUUUCCCUUUUGAGCUGUAAUACAGAAAACAACUUAAAAAUGGCCCGUUUCUUUAACCAUAUACGAAUGAAGGAAAUCUUUAUUUUACUCUAUUACAGUUGUUCCCCUUUGUUCCUCUCUUUGUUCUUUUUUAUGAAGCGUUUAAAAACUUUAUGUGUUAUAGACGGAACAUUUAUAUGGGUUUUGUUUGGUCCUACCAUGAUAAUACAAUAUAAGGGAGGAUCCAAAGGGACUGCCUUAACUUUUAACAGUUUUAUAUCACAGAAAAGGGAACUUUGAAACCCAGUUGGUUCAUUUAGUUUCUGUUUUCUGUGUUUACAGAGCUCAGGAUGAUAAAUUUCAUUUUUGUAGGCAGUCGAUCUCUUGGAAUUAAAUGAAUUAAUGUUUUUACAUUGCUAAGAAAUGCAUUUGUAUAGAGAAAAAGAACCGAAUGUAUUACAUACUUCCAGGCCAGUUUGUGUAAAGUGAAGGCUACUUUUUUCCUACCCUGGCUCAUAUUUGUAAAUGUAAUAAAAUACUCUAAUAAAUGUUUGCAUGUUAAAACUGA